CAGCAGGAAGCUUUGCAGAUUCAGAACAUUGCGUGCUUACUUACCGGCGUCAGCAUAGUACAUCCACUAGCUGAUGUAUAUGACCUGUAGGUUCAUCUUCUUUAUCGUGUACCUUUAGCUAGCUUCAUUGAUUUACUCGUUCAUCGUGAGAUGUUGUGUUUAAGUGGUUUAUCGGUGGCGCUGGCCCUGACUUUGGUUCCAAGCACCACUGAUGCUCUGAAAGCAGGAGAUUGUGAAGUGUGUGUCGGUUUCCUGGGAAAAUUCUACCAAUUGCUUCAAGACGAAAAUGUGAAGUUUGACAGCACAUCCAUUGAGAAGGCCCUCGUUAAAAGCUGCAAGGAUGCUAGGGGGAAGGAGAACCGAUUUUGUUACUACAUUGGUGCCACAAGUGAUGCAGCCACCAAGAUCAUCAACGAGAUAUCCAAGCCUCUCAGCUACCACGCGCCAGUGGAAAAGAUCUGUGAGAAGCUCAAGAAAAAGGACAGCCAGAUCUGUGAACUCAAAUAUGACAAACAGGUGGACCUGAGCACAGUGGACCUGAAGAAGCUGAAGGUGAAGGACCUCAAGAAGAUUCUGGAAGAGUGGGGCGAGACAUGCAAAGGCUGCGCAGAGAAAUCUGAUUUUAUCCGCAAAAUCAACGAACUCAUGCCCAUGUACGCCCCCAAUGCUGCCAAAGCAAGGACGGAACUGUAAAAGCUCGACCAUGGGACUAUCAGUGAUGGAUCCGGUUUGGGGGGAAUAGGUGUGUGGAUGGGGAGGGAGAGGGCUGUACUGCAUUGGUCCAAGGACAUGAACAUUUUGGGUGGGUAAUGUUCGCUGUGCGGUGAAUGAACCACCAGAGUUUGAGUAGGUACAUGACUGCACCAGUCAGGGGUGGACUUGGGACUCCAUUGACAGGCUCAUCACUUUCAAAUCACUCUGCAUCUUAGCUAAAACCCCACAUUUUUCCCAGACUUGGGUUGAAUACAUAUGUAUUUGAGGUGUUAUUGAUUUGAUAUUCAAUUACAAAAGGCCACUGCAGUUGCGUAAGUGCAACGUUGCCAUGUAAAGGGACCAGAAUCAAGUGUACCUCAAUUAUUUCUAAUAUUUGACAUCUCAGGUGUGGUGUUUUUUAAUUAAAGUGACUUGCAUGAAGUGAGCUUUGCCAAUGCUCCAGACUGCACCCCAGACUUCAGUAAUCAGUUUUUGUUGGGAAGGGACAGAUUUUGUUUUUGUUGUUUUAGAGUUGAGGAGAGGUAGUUUAACAAGACUUGAAAAGAUCUUUAAAUUAAACUCUUUCACAUUGACCUUUCACGUAAGACCCUAAUGUUUAUUACAACUGUGCUACUAUACUUUUUCAUUAAAAUCUGAAAAAUG